AGGUUGCUUCUUAGUAAUUUACAAAGGGUUCGCUCUUCCGUGAAGUACGGGCAGUGUAGUACGGCACGCUUUUCCAGGCGAUACCUGUCACUGGCGUGCGCGGACGAGCGGCUGUGCUGGUAGAGAGAGACGGUGGUCUACCACGGCACGUAGGAGAGAGAACACAUACACACACCACACACAUAUACAGAGUGCGUCACACGCACUCUCUCCUUUUCUCCUUGCGGCGCCCUGAGACCCACCACUGAGUAGCAUGGCUUCUGGUGCAUCCUCCCUGGACAGCGCUGGGAGUAGCGAUGGUGCACUUAACAUGGAGGGGGAUAGCGGGAGUUAUGGCAGUGUUGGAAGCCCAGUUGGUGGUCCCGAGUGUCGUAGCGACUAUGACGGUUUGCAGGCUCAAUGUGAUCAAGCGAUGCAUCAGCUUCAGCUACUUAGGCAUAAGCACUCCGAUACCAUAAGACGGAUAUUUCUUGCAAUUCGCAAGCAUAGUAACAGAAAAUCUGUGAACCGCAGGUGUGAGAUUACUAUGAAAGAAUUGGAGUAUUAUCGGGGGCAACAUAUAGCAGUCAUGAAUCAACUAGAAGCUACGUCGCAAGAGAGCUCUUCGUUACGAGCAAAAUAUGGCGAUCUGGCAAAUGACAAACAACGAUUGGACCGAGAGGUCCAGACACUGCAGAAGGAACUCUCGGAAUUGCAACGCAUGCAGAACCAGGAGGUUCUCGUCACCGAUGCCGCGGGCAAUGAUACUAUGAACCAGCAUUAUCUUUCCGCGUUACGAAAAUACGAAGCCGUUAAGGAUGAGUACGAUUCCCUUAGGAAACGAUACGACGAUUUGAUAGCGUCGCAUUCAUCCGCCGUUAAUAAGCUAGAGUUGUCGCAAGAGGAGGCCAAGAGACUGAAAAAGCAAUACGACAGCGUUCUCGAGGAACGCAACAGCGCAAUCCGCGAGCGCAACGGUUUGAAGCAGCAGUGCACCGCCGCGAUUCGCCAAUGGGAUAUCGCAUUGAGAGAAAGAAACGAGUAUCGCGAGGCACUCACCAAGGUGCAGCAGCAGCACGAGGAGGCGGUCAAGGAGAUCAAUCAGGCGAUGGUCCUUCGCAUGAAGGCCAGUAAGGAUAUGAAACGUCUGACCGAGGAACGAAACGCCGCCUUACAAGAAUACAGUUUGAUUAUGGGAGAGCGAGACACAGUGCACAAGGAAAUCGAAAAGUUGGGCGACGACCUUGCGCAAGCGUACGCGAAAGUCACGCAUCUGGAAACGCAGAAUAAGCAGCUCGUAGAAGAGAAGAAAACACUGUCUUAUCAAAUUGAGACACUGAAGAGGGAAAUCUCCUCUGCCUUGCAAGACAGAGACGAGGCUUUGAAGCUGUGUAACGAGUUACGACAAAAAUUCGGAGAUUACUCCGAGGGGGCUAGUAGAGACUACAAACAUCGUUUGGAAUUGAAUUCGCUCAGUCGUGAACGCGACAGCGUUAGCAAGGAAGCUGAGAAGGAGACGAAUACGAGAGACUACGCGACACGAGACAAGCAACGUAUGGAUAAUUUGGAGCAGGCUAAUCUUGAGUUGGAUAAACUCAGGAAGUCCGUCGAUACGCUUCAGGCGGAGCUCGAGGAGGCCCUUCAAGAGGCGGAGGUGUCGAAGAGGAGAAGAGACUGGGCCUUCAGCGAGCGCGAUAAGAUAGUGCUGGAGCGGGAAAGCAUAAGAACUCUGUGCGAUAGAUUGCGAAAGGAGCGUGAUCGUGCGGUUUCCGAAUUGGCCGGCGCUCUACGCGACUCCGACGACAUCAAGAAGCAACGCAACGAGGCGUCGAAAGAACUGAAAGAUCUGAAGGAGAAGAUCGAGUUUGGCGACCAUGCGUUGCGAACCAGCCAGUUAGCGCAAAUCGAUGAGAGCAAUGACUGGGAGAUGGUUCCGAUUCACGUCGAACCUGGCAGAAUUUGCCUGGAUUCGGAGCGUGGCGAUCUGGGAUUGAUCCUCGUCGGUGGCCGCGACAGUCCGUACUAUCCGAAUGAUACUGGUGUCUAUGUCGCGCAAGUGGCACAGGGUAGCGCUCUCGAUGGCAAACUACGGGUGAACGAUUGUAUUGUGCGAGUGAACAACGUUGACUGCACAUCCGUGUCGACCCGCGUGAUCUUGGAGACUUUACGCUCGUCCACCGUGAAUCCGGCAACAUUGAUUGUAAAGCGACGUCGAAUAACUAGACGAUCAUUAAGAACCACACAGCUGUCAGUUGGCACAGUGCCGCAUGGUAUUACUCUGGAUCUUGGAAUUUAUAUCUCGAAAAUAUCGCCCGGCAGUUUGGCCGCCAAGGAUGGAAAUCUCGCCGUGGGAGACCGAGUAUUAAAUAUUAAUAGUAAACCUAUGGAUACUAUAACUACCGCACACGAAGCGAUGGCCAUUCUAAACGACGAUACUGUAGACGUGCUGACGAUCACAACAUUGAAAGGUAUUCCAGUACCUUCCGCCGCCAGUUCGGAAACGGUGACGAUAGACGGUAGUUUCGUUGCGGAGAAGCAAAAGAUGGUAAACAGCUGCUCGCAAACCGAGCAGGAGAGGAUGAUGCUGAAAGCCUCGUCGGACGAUUAUGAGAGGCGAUAUUUGUCGACAAACUUCGCCGAUCGUAACGUCUACAAGGCCGCGAAAUCCAUGAGCGGUGAGAAAUCGAGUGGAAUCAGUAAUGCUUGGGACAACUUCCGGGAAAAGAUCGAUAUAGUGCGUGGUCGCAAGCACAGCAAGGAACGGGACGAGAACAAAAAGAAGGGACAUCGCAAUUCUAGCCCGAACACGUUCGAGCAGGAGCAGGACGCGAUAGCGGAGUUGGAUUCGGUGAUCGACAGCUAUCACAAAAAGGCGAGCAACAGCAACAAUGGCGUACUGAAACGUAGCAAGCGACGCGGCACCGAGAAGAUCGAGAAGAAUGGCGGCACGUGGCCGAAGGCACGCGGCGGACCCCUCAUACAAAAUGGGACCGGUACUAUAUUGCAUCCGCGCAAAUCGAAAGAACGUUUUCCUCUCAGUGUACUCCUGCAUCCACCAAAAUAUGAUAAUUAUAAUUACAAUCGUAUCUCCAACCCCAUUCCCCUAACCAACUUUUCCAAUGUCAAUAAUCGUCAUACCGUUUACAAAGCAGUGGAGACCCCGCUACCGAGCUUCACCAAGACCGGACAGCUCUUUAGCCAGAAGCCGUCGUUCGCGCCGGCGGUGCAGUUCAAGGACAUCCCGAUCGACGGCGGCAGCAAGAAGCCGCCGUCGGCGGAGUUCGAGAGCAGCGCGUCGGACACUGGGCGACUCGGUUCCGCGUUAGCGCCGUCCGAGACUAGCAUCGAUUUUUCGGUCAAGUCCGGCGGCGCUGGCCGCGACGUCGAUUCGUACUUUGCGAACAAACGGCCGCAAAAGUAUACGACCGGCAGCAGUAGCGACACGCAGGUGACCACGGAUACGCUGCAGCACAAUCGCGUUCAUUCGCAGCUCUACUCGUCGGGCAUCGGCGGCUCGUCCACGUCUGCCGCGUCGACCACCAGUGGGCCGACGUCGCGACAGCAAAUGGCACCCGGUAACUUUCCGUUUCCCUCGCAUCAUCCGUAUACCGCCUCCUCGCACUUGCAUCAUCUGCAUCCGCAUCCCACCCAGCACCAAAAUUCCCUGCCCUCGCGCUAUCCCUCGCCACCGUCGCUGCCGUCCGCGCAGUCAGGUGAAUCCAUAGGCCUGCCCGAUGCACGAACGUACUGUUUCGAGCCCCCGUACAGCCCCGGACCUUCGCAGACGACCCCGACCACCUUCGGCCACCUGCACACGCCCUCCGUAGAUCUGCACUAUCACAAGCCACGUGCACUUCCGCUCGGUAGUGUCCUAGUGUCACCCUGUGACACAUCCAUCUAUGGGCAUGGAUAUGAAGGCGGCACGUUGCCGGGCCGAAAGGAGGACCAACGCAUCCGUAUACCGUCCAACACCAGUGUUACAUCUAAAAGCAGCGUUGGAAAAUUGUCUACCGGCAGUAUAGAGAAAACCUCUGAACGUGGCAGUCCGAUGCCGACGUUUCACGUGGAAGUACUGAGCCCGGGUAGUGGCAACUCUAACAACAGCGGGAUCGGAAGCAGCGGCGGUACCGUGAGAGGAAACGGCAGUAACAGCAGUAAGCGCGCCAGCAUGCCGGAUUACUGUCAUUAUGCGCAACCACGUCCAGCGCCUGGAGAACUGCGUAGAGUCCAUAUAGACAAAUCCGUAGAACCGCUGGGCAUUCAGAUCUCAUGCCUGGAGAGCGGCGGUGUAUUUGUGUCUACCGUGUACGAGCACAGUCUGGCGUCGCAAGUCGGCCUACAGAUUGGUGAUCAGCUGUUGGAGGUCUGUGGUAUAAACAUGCGAAGCGCGACUUACCAACUGGCCGCUAAUGUCCUACGUCAAUGUGGUAAUUCGAUUACAAUGCUGGUGCAGUACAGCCCGGACAAAUACACCGAGUUAGAGGGCUCGGGAUCGUCGAGCUCAUCGGAGGCCGGUGAUGGAGCUGCGACCGGGAGCCGUAGCGGCUCGCCGACACCGUGCAACAGUCCGGAAGCACCUCGCAAAAGUACGGUGGAAACGCUGGAACCCGCCGAACCGGAACGUGACGCUACCAUCACUAUCGCCACCACAGCUCCAACUGUCACCACUACUGCUGCACCUACCAUGAGCACGCUACGUGUCGAGCGAGACAUGCGGCCGUCUGCCUCAUUGGAGGUGAGGAGCACGCAGGAGCGAGAACGCGAAAUGAGACCUUCUGCGUCGUUGGACAUCAACAUUCGCAAACCGGGACUUAGUAGCGCUGCCACGUUGGAUCGAUUAAGUCGCGCACAGAUGCUGCGGCAGAACGCGAUGAGAAGCCCGACACAGGAGGAACAGAAUCGGAAACCACCACCGAGCGGCGAGCCCCGAUAUUUGUUGAUCGAAACUAGAAAAUGCUCGAAUCUCGGUAUAUCACUGGUGGGCGGAAACGGUGUUGGCAUUUUUGUACAUUCCGUUCAGCCAGGUUGUCUUGCCGAGGAGGCCGGUCUAUUUGCCGGAGAUAGGAUUUUGGAGUACAACGGUGUGGAUCUGAGACAAGCGACUGCCGAGCAAGCUGCGCUUGAACUGGCUCGACCGGCAGACAAAGUGACACUGGUAGCUCAGUACAUGCCAGAGCGGUACAACGAGGUGAAGGAUAAGCCAGGUGACAGCUUUUACGUGAAGGCACUGUUUGACCGAACUGGCGAAGUAGGCGAUAGCCUGCAGCUACGAUUCAGUAAAGACGAUAUCCUGUACGUGGAUAAUACCAUGUUCAAUGGGACACCAGGCCAUUGGCGCGCGUGGAUAGUCGAUCAGACCGGUCGUAGACAAACUUGCGGGAUAAUUCCCAGCAAAUUUAAGGUUGAAGAGGAAUUGCUUCUACGACGGUCUCUAGGUGAUUUGGAACAGGACGCUGGCAAACGCAGCAAUACUAGCGCAAGGAGGAGCUUCUUCCGUCGAAAAAAACAACAGCAACGAUCAUCCAGCAGCAGAGAUAGUAAGGAAAUGUCGCAUCAUCUGUCAGGAGUCAAUUUGGGAUGGUACAGCGAUAGUGGGACAUUAAACGAAGAUACCCUUCCGGCGAGUUAUCAGCGCGUCGAGAGACUCGAUUAUCCUACUUUGAGACCCGUCCUGAUUAUCGGGCCACUCAGUGAGUGUGUGGUAACGAGACUUCUGCAGGAAUAUCCGGGACAAUUUACCAGAUGUCUGGCGGAGGCAAUGCAUUGUUCACAAUCAACUUUGGAACAAGGAUUACGCGAUGCGCUCUAUGUGGAUUAUAGGAAAAAGGGCAGCUACUUUGAGUGCACGACAGUGCAGGCCGUUAAAGAUAUAUGCGAGAAGAAUACACAUUGUAUUUUGGAUGUGUCCAUCGCUUCUAUCGAAAGGCUUCACCGGCACCAAAUUUAUCCUAUCGUCCUGUUAAUCAAAUUCAAGGAUAGAACGCAGAUUAAAGAGGUAAAGGACUCUAGAUAUCCGAGCGACAAAAUCAGUACAAAGGCUGCGAAAGAGAUGUUUGAGCAGGCGCUCAAGAUAGAAGCAGAAUACAAGCACUACAUCUCCGCUAUAAUUCCAGCGGGCGUAAACGUAGCAUAUAUAUGCACACAAGUGAAAGCUUCAGUAGAUGAGGAACAAAGCAAAGCGCUGUGGGUUCCUAGAGGGGGUCCCUGACACAAAAGGGGGGGUCCCCACAAGCCGCAGUGGAAGUCAAUCUAAAUUCCACCAGGGGGCCCUUACGUCGUGCAUAUACACAAAAAUUGCUAUGGAAAAUCAAUUUUUUUAUUUAUGGUCUCUUGAUUUUUGGAAGGAAGAUAUGUAUUCCACGGAUCCUCUGUUUAACGAAGAAUCGCCUUUUUUGAUAAUGCUAAUCACUCAAUUUGAUUGUGACAGGACGAAUUCUUGCAAACCAUUUUGUUUUAGCGCAUUUAACUCGUUGAAUUAUCACAGUAUAAAGCAGGUACGUACAAGUAUUUCACUUUCCGUCGCGUUUCUUUCAGUUCUUAUUUGAAAACUGAAUUUUGCUGACUUAAGUCGGCGACAUAUGGUGCUUUUUUGGCUACUAAAUUUCUUGCUAGAUUUGCAUGCUUGCUGUCGUGAUGGCAGCGCUGCUGACAGCGAUGCUGGCUGUCUUGUUUAGCUUCACACGGUGCAAAGCUGAGUAGCUAGAAUUUUAUAGAAGGCAUUUGACAUAUUUAUUUAUUUAUUUUUUGUCUUUCGUCAUAUUUAUUUUUACUUUGACAAAUUGUAGCAACAGAAGAAUGAUAGAAUAUCUGAUAUUCGAAGGGAAUAUUUUGAUCACGUGAUCUAAAGCUGCGUCUUGAUUGGUUUUUCAAAAUGAGCCAGCACAAGAUCACGCAAGAAAAAUAACAUCGGAUCUAUCACAAAAAUUCAGCAGACCAGCCAGUAGCAUAGACAGGCUACAAUUUCCAGCAUAAUAGCCAGCAAAAUAGCCAGCACCGGAGCACGCAAGCCAAUCCAGCAGCCAAAAAAGCACCGUGUGCCGCUGGCUUUAGUUAUAUGUAAAGUUUCUUUUUUUUGCAUUUAUCCGCAUCAGUAUGUCAAUAUAUAACUCAUCUGUGAUCAUCAAAUCUAUUGGGUACUUUCCUAGUGACAUAAGUCGAUAAAAGAAUCAUUUUGUUUUUAUUACUCAUUGUGUCGACUCAUGUCAUGAAAUAGAAAGCACUCAUUAAUUAAUCUAUAGAAAUCUAAACUUAUAAAAACUAUAAAUUUAUUUUGAGAGAUUAUCUUUUCCACGUUCGUUUUUGGCAUCGAUUUUCUUGACGAUUAUAACAAAUAAAAUGUUGAUAAAAUAUUGAUGAAAUAUUGAUGAAAUUGGUGCUUUUCAAAUAUCUACUUGCUCACACUUGAUCAGCUAAAGUAGCAAACAAAUCGUGUUCAAUAGUCAGUUUUUUCGAUCUUUGAUCGUGAAAUAUCAUAAGCAAUACAAUGGGGAAAUGCAGCUAAUGAAACCAAUGAUUCGUACGAGACCAUGGAUCGAUUUAAAACACUCGUCGUAUUAUGGCCCGUUAGAAAAUUGGUGGAUUAAUAUUGACGAACUGUUGAUUAGGAAAUAGAUUAUGGUCAUUUUAAUAGCUGUUACAUUGCUAAUUAACCCCUCGAAUCAACUUGAUGUACAAAUUACAAUUGAGAAAUCGAUUUUAUUUUAAGUAGCAAAA